AUGGCAGCACCAUCUGGAUUCCUAAAAUACAUUGAUGAUAACGAGGAGGCGUUUAUUAGGCGCCUGAGCGAAGCCAUAUCCCACAAAAGGCAAGUACCCCGCCAUUUAUUCGUACAUUCGACUGACCCCCUAUACAGUGUUAGCGGCGAUCCCGCACUGCGUGAUGAUGUCAUUUACAUGGGGGAAACAUGGCUCAAUGGCCAGCUCAAAGCACUUGGGGUUGAGACGAAACUUGUAUGGCUCGGUUAUGAAGAUGACGACAAGAAGCUGCAGCUCCCACCCCUUGUCAUCGGGCGGAUUGGGAGCGACUCAAACAAGAAAACGGUGCUCGUGUACGGGCAUUAUGAUGUGCAGCCUGCCCAAAAAUCGGACGGGUGGACUAAUGACCCAUUCGAACUUGACGUCCGCGACAAAAUCAUGGUUGGGCGUGGCGCGACAGACGACAAGGGUCCCAGUUGUGGCGUGGCUGAAUGCAUGGAGGAAAGCUCAAGUGAGGGCCUCGACGAUUUUAUCGAGGAAGAGGCAAAGAAAGGCAAAGAUGGAUGGUUUGAUGGUAUUUCUUACGUUUGCAUCACUGAUAACUACUGGCUGAACACGCGUAAACCCGCAUUGACGUACGGCCUCAGAGGCGUAGCCUACUUCAGUAUCAACAUCAGUGGUCCCGCAAUGGAUCUACACUCUGGGCUAUUCGGAAGGAUGGUGCACGAGCCUAUGACCGACAUGGUCAAGCUAUUGAGCAAGCUCGUCGAGACUAAUGGCACUAUCACUGUCCCGGGUGUGGAAGAGACAGUAAAUCGACUGACUCCCGACGAGAGGAAAGUGUACGAGGCAAUGGACUACACAGUGCAGGACCUUCGUGACGCUGUUGGCGGAAAAGAGAUCGAACUAUCUGAGGACCACGCUCAGCUUCUCAUGAAUCGCAUGCGUUUUCCGUCACUUUCUAUUCACGGAAUUAAGGGGGCGUUCGAUGGAGAAGGCACUAAGACAGUCAUCCCUGCGACAAUCAAGGGAAGGUUUAGUCUUCGCAUCGUGGAACCGCAGACUACAGACAUCAUCAGAACGCUUGUCACCAACUUUCUCACUGAUGAAUUUGAGAAACUCAAGUCCAAGAACACGAUAGAGAUUGAAUACCUUGGUGGGGCCUUGCCGUGGGUCGCCAGUAACACACAGGAUUCGAACUUUAAGGCUGCACAGAGGGCAACUGAAGCAGUCUAUGGGCAGACUCCAGACUACACACGCGAAGGUGGGUCGAUCGGAGUUGCCCUCGCCUUUGCGGAGAGCCUGGGUGAGAAUACGAGUGUGUUGUUACUACCGAUGGGACGAUCCGAUGACGGUGCCCAUUCCACGAAUGAAAAGCUGGACAAAGAGAAUUUCUUCAAAGGGACAAAGUUAUUCGGUACUUAUCUGUACGAAAUUGCUGCUCCCACGGCGUGA